AUGAUAAAUACCACCACUCUAUUUAAUUACUAGUCAUCAAGAAAAAUAUUAGAUCAAUAAUAGAAUAAAGCUUACAAUUCACCAUACUCAAAAAAAGGAUUAUAAUAAUAAAAGAUGUCAGACUUAACAUUAGACGCUAAAUAGUAGUUCUUAUAUGAUGAAAUAGUUAUGUAGGGUUACAAUGCAGAUGAUUUUGCAGAGUUUAUUAAUAAAGAAAGCAAGCAUGGUAUGAAUAUAGAAUAUACAACAUUUACAGAGCUUUAAAGGAUUGUUUAGAAAUACAAACAAACUCACAAUAGUAUAAACUAAAUUUCAAGCAAUUAGAGCUAGUAUGACUUUAAUAGCCACAGUGAAACUGCAAAUCACAAUGGCAGUACAAGUAAUGAAAAUAAAUCAUUGGACCCUUUUGAUAGCUCACAUUAUGAGUAAAAGUAUACAAAAAAAUUUAGGGAAAACACAUUAGGAAUAAAAGAUGAAAAAUUAAACACUCAAUCUAAAGAAGAAAAGCAAGAAGGCAAAAGUAAAGAGUAGUGUGUUUCAAAUGAUGGAAAUAAGUAACAUGAAUAACAAACUCUUUCUGCUAAAGAAGAAAGCUAAUUGAUUGUGAUAUCAAAAUAUGGAUUAAGUGAAGCUCCUUAUUUUAGAGAAAUUGAUUGCUUGAAAGAAAUACCUAUGAUUAAUUUUUAUAGCAAAGUUGUUAUAGACGUUUGCGAACCUGAAAAAGUUUAAGGAGGACUAUUUGGAUUCACUGCAGGUUAUUUAACCUACAAAAUAGUUGUAAAACCACAUAAUUGGGAAGUUAGAAGAAAGAAUAGCGACUUUAAUAUGAUAAGAGAAAUUUUACAGAGAAUAUAUCCUGGAAAAAUACUUCCACCUUUAAAGAAUAAGAGAAAUAUUAGCAGUGAUAAAUAUGGAAUCGAAAAAUAAAUGAGAUAUUUAUAAAUGUUUUUAGAAGAUCUUAACAGAGAUGAUGAAAUUUGGGCUAAUGAAUACCUGAUUUCUUUUUUGAGUGAAAGAAACCCUGAUAAGUUGUUAAAAAAGUUUAAAGAGGCUGAAAAAAUAUAAUUAUAAAGAAGUUUUAAAACCCAUAGUAAUAUGGAAGGUAAAAUAAAGGUAUAACUGACAAACUCAAAUUAUUUGUUUGCAGAGGAGUCUACUAAAUUUGUGGAUAAUGCGAGCUCUAUUUAUACAAAGAUUAAAAAUUUGUGCAGGACUCUCAAGCAAGAUUUUGAAAAAACUUCAGAAACAAUGUUUAGCUUAGGAGAACUAUUUCAUUAAUUGUUCUCUCAUUUUAAUGACUUUGAUAAUAAGAUUAUUGAAAAAAAGUAAGAAAAUUAGAAGCUAAAAGAUUGCUACGUAAACUUAAAUAAUCUCAUGAUGACUUGGGGAAAUUUGAUGUAAAAUUAAGUGAAAUAAGUGCAUGAAAAUAUGUGUUUCCUUUUCAAAUAUGGAGAGAAAGAAAUGGAGUAAUACAAAUUUAGUUUAAAGCAAUUAGCAGAAGAAGAAAGUUCGUAUUUUAAAUAUAAGCAAAGGCUUAACGCAAAAAAAGAAAAGCUUUUUUCACUUGGUGAUAUAUCUAAAUGGGAGAUUGGUCCUAAUAUUCAUUUCUAACCAGACAAUAUCAUUAACAAUAAGCAAUUAGCCUUUAAAAUCAUGUGCACUAAAGAAACAAUUUAUGAGAACCACCUAAAGGAUUAUUUUGCAUUUUACUGUGAAUCAAUUUACUAAAAUCUUAGUAAAGGAUUUUAAAAAAAAGCAAAUGACUAUUCUAAAUUUUUUGAAUAGUUUAGCCAAUCGCAGCUUAAAAAUAUAGAAGAGAUUAGUAAUCUUUGGAAAGAAAUUCAAAACUAAUAUAAGCUGGAUGAUGUAAUACAUUAGGGUACAAGCGCUAGCUAAAAAUCUUCAACAUCUGUAAACGAAAAACAAGAAAUUUUAAAGCAUAUUUUCCCUCCCAAAUUUUAUUGA